AUGGCUCAUCCAAAAGUUAAGGUUUAUGUUGUUGGAGUUGGUAUGACAAAGUUUUACAAACCUGGGAAUGAUGAUAUUGAUUAUCCCCAACUUGCUACAGAAGCUGUCACUAAAGCCUUGAAUGAUGCUUGUGUUACAGUAAAUGAAAUAAAGAGUUCUUGCGUCGGAUAUGUGUAUGGAGAUUCCACUUGUGGCCAGAGAGCGCUGUAUGAAGUUGGCAUGACUGGAAUUCCUAUCUACAAUGUUAAUAACAACUGCUCUACUGGAUCAACUGCUUUGAUGAUGGCAAAACAAAUUGUUGAAACUGGUCAAGCUGAUUGUGUUCUUGCAUUAGGAUUUGAAAAGAUGGAAAGAGGCUCAUUAACAUCAAAGUUUCUCGAUAGAACCAACCCAAUGGACAAACAUGUGGGUGCAAUGGCUGAACUUGUAGAAAUUGAUGGAAGCCCUAUUACCGCACAGCUGUUUGGUAAUGCUGGUAAGGAGCACAUGAUGAAAUAUGGAACAACAGCUGAGCAUUUAGCUAAAAUUGCAGUAAAAAAUCAUAAGCAUUCCAAAAAUAAUCCAUACUCUCAGUUUCAAGAGGAAUACACUUUAGAUGAAGUAUUAAAAUCGCCAAAGGUUUUUGGGCCACUAACAAAACUUCAGUGUUGUCCCACUUCAGAUGGAGCAGCUGCAGCUGUAUUGGUUAAUGAAGAAUUUGUUAUUCGUCAUGGACUUCAAGAUAAGGCUGUAGAAAUUGUUGGGAUGGAAAUGGUUACUGAUCUUCCAUCCACAUUUGAGGGUAAAAGCUGUAUUAAAAUUGUUGGAUAUGACAUGACGAAAACAGCUGCUGACAAACUUUUUAAGAAAACUGGUUACCGCCCUUGUGAUAUUGAUGUAGUGGAGCUUCAUGAUUGUUUUUCUGCAAAUGAACUGAUUACUUAUGAAGCUCUGGGGCUUUGCCCUCCAGGAAAAGCCAGUGAAUUCAUUGAUUCAGGAAAUAAUACUUAUGGAGGUCGCCAUGUUGUAAAUCCAAGUGGUGGCUUAAUAUCAAAAGGACAUCCUUUAGGUGCUACUGGUAUUGCCCAGUGUGCUGAAUUAUGUUGGCAGUUGAGGGGGGAGGCUGCAGCUAGACAAGUUAAAGAUGCUAAAUUAGCUCUUCAGCAUAAUAUAGGAUUAGGGGGAGCUGUUGUUGUGGCCUUAUACAAACUAGGUUUUCCUUCUGAUAGAAGGUAUUAUGAUGUUGUCUUAAGUAGAGUCAGUGCAGUUGAUGACCCUUCAAUUUUCAAGGUGACACCAUUAUUUAAAAUAUUAGAAAGUGCUAUGCAAGAGGACAAACAGAAUUUAAUUGAAAAAGUGAGAGGUAUAUAUUGUUUUAAAGUAAAAAAUUCCCAAGGAAGAGAAGGGAUGUGGAUUAUAAAUGCUAAAGUUGGAAAGGGCAGUGUGACCUAUAAUGGAAAAGAUAAGCCUGAUGUUACUUUUAUAAUGAAUGAUGAAGAUGUUUUUGAUUUAAUUUCUGGUAAAAUCAAUCCACAAAAAGCUUUUUUUCAAGGAAAAAUAAAAAUUCAAGGAAAUAUGGGUUUGGCUCUUAAACUUACCGAACUACAAAAACGUGCUGGCAGUAAAAUAGAAGAGCUGAAAGCCAAACUUUAA